AUGGAUAACACUAUACAUACAGUACUAGAUGUUGCACCCAAAAGCCGCCAGCUUCACAGAGUAGAUUUAAGAACAAAGACUUAUAGUUGCACUAAAAUUCAAAAAUUAAAAAAUAGGCAAAUUGACUAUAAAGUUGUCUGUCAACUUUCAGAUGACCAACUAUUAUGCUAUUACUAUGACAAUUCCUUUAAAAAAGGACGGAUAUUUUAUAUCAACAGUAGUGGAAAUAUUUCUUAUGGAGGUUUCUUUGAUUUUCUAAAAACAGUUGCAGCACUCUGAGCACAUAUCUGUCAAUACCUCUAUAAUAAUGUAAAGGGAAUAAAAUAUAAAAAUUACGUUUACCUUAUGGGACAACACUGUGGUAUACUCAGGUAUAAUUUACUCAAAAAUACUUGUUCAACUGUUUUACAAAUUAAUUUUGGUGCCUAUUCAUUAGCAAUAAUUGAUGAUAAAAUUUUAAUAGUUGGAAGCCAAGGAAGAGCUUUAAUAUAUGAUUGUAGCAUCAACUCAGUUUCAUCUGCAUUCACUUUCCAAUCAUUAUGAUCCAUAAGCAUAGGGACUAUUAAUAAGACGUUUUUUCUAAUAGAUUAUCAAGGGGUUGUAGUAAAAUCAGGAGAAUUGAAUCCAUACGAAUGAACACUUUUAGGCAAAAUUUUUUUACAUCGUAUAAAUCUUAUUGAAUCUAAUAUGUUGAAUUAUGACAAUUUGACUUACUUCUUCAGCAAAGGCAAUCUUUAUAAGUUUGAUUUAGAAUAUCUUAAUUUCUCUAAAAUUCACUUUGCUUUUGGAAAAAAAGAACCUUAUUUUGAGUAUACAAUGCAGUCACUAAAAUUUAUAGAUAUUACAAUUAAUGCAGAAUUAAACAGUUGGGCUGAUGCAUUUAAACCUAUUGAACAUUAUUUUAUUAACCAAACAAAUUAUAUUGAACAAAUUCUGCAGAUAGCCUUUAAUCCUAGCGAUUUCCCAAUUAAAUUUUUAGUGGAAUAUCCUGUAUUUGAAAAUCGAAAAGUAAUAAUAAUUGAUGGCCAAGAUAGUUAUGGAUUAAUGAACUGAUUGAAUUAUGAUCGUGAGCUAUUUGGUUGUAAGAAUAAAUGCCUGAGUAUGCAAGAUUAUUGGAAUAACAAUAUACGCAGUCUAAAAAAUUGAUCAAAACAAGGAGUUAUUGUUCCAAAUCUUUCAUGAAUGGUUUAUAGAGGCGCGCCAAUUAAAGAAAUUAUAGAAAUAUUUAAAAAUGGAAAAAAAGGAUUGAUAUGGUUAUUAAUUGGCAGGAAUUCAAGAGUUUAUUAUGAAUUUAUCUAUCAAAACGAGGAUAAAGUGAUUUAUAGUUAUGAUCCUGAAGAUAAACCUUUUCAGUUGGUUAAUCAAUUUUUAAAAGAAGCUGGAGAAGAAGAAAUUGAUUGGAGAAUAUGGAUAUAA